AUGAUACAUGAUGCAUGGCCACAUGAGUCAUGAGUGGUGCCGGUGGUAGCUGUGGAUCGCGGAACCUAAUCUUCAAUGGAACCACGGAAGAGGUUAAGAAGAUAGUGAACACGCUCAAUGAAGGAAAAGUGCCGUCGCAGGAUGUUGUGGAGGUUGUGAUUAGUCCUCCAUUCGUAUUCCUUCCAUUGGUGAAAGGUUCACUGAGGCCUGAUUUCCAUGUAGCUGCCCAAAACUGUUGGGUGAAGAAAGGAGGUGCUUUCACUGGUGAGGUUAGUGCGGAGAUGCUUGUUAAUUUGGGCAUUCCUUGGGUUAUUCUUGGUCACUCUGAGAGGAGGCUUCUCCUGGGUGAAUCAAAUGGGUUUGUUGGAGAUAAGGUUGCAUAUGCACUUUCUCAAGGUAUUAAGGUAAUAGCUUGUGUUGGUGAGACUCUUGAGCAGCGUGAAGCAGGAUCAACAAUGGAUGUUGUUGCUGCCCAAACUAAAGCAAUUGCAGAACGUGUGUCAAACUGGAAUGAUGUUGUUGUGGCCUAUGAGCCUGUGUGGGCUAUUGGAACUGGGAAGGUUGCAACUCCAACUCAGGCUCAGGAGGUGCACUUUGAGCUCAGGAAAUGGCUUGAAAAGAAUGUCAGUCCUCAAGUUGCUGCAUCAACCCGGAUUAUUUAUGGAGGGUCUGUCAGUGGUGCAAACUGUAAGGAACUGGCAGCUCAGCCUGAUGUAGAUGGUUUCUUAGUUGGCGGAGCUUCUCUGAAGCCGGAGUUCAUUGAUAUUAUCAAGUCUGCAGAGCUGAAGAAAAAUGCCUGAGUAGAGCAUCAAGCAAGAGUAGUUGCAUUAACAGAACGUUUUAUCUGGGGAGGUAUGGUAUCCGUUUUGUUUGAUUUUAGUCAUACUCUUUUGCGAAUAAGAUAUAUGUUUAUUUUUGUUGAACCUCAAACAACAUUUUGUGAGCUGAUAAGUGUUUACUAUCUCCUUGGUCAUCAAUGGACAUGCUUUUGUUGCAAAUGAUGUAGGCAGAAUCAUGUAAAAGCUUUCACCGCUUUGAAUAUUUCUAGUAGUUGAGUGUUAAAGCAAUAUUAAUUUAAGGCAUAUGCAAUAUGGCCGCGGGGCCCCUAUGUAACUCAUUGU